AUGAGGCAUGUUAACGCAGAGAAGAGGUUGGAAGAGUGGAGUGCAGAGGCUGAGGAGAUGAAGUUGGAGAAGAUGGCUGAUGAUUUCAUUAAGCUGGGAAAGAGAAACAUGGGUGACAGUGACAGUGAAGCCCUGAAUGAGGAUGAUAGUGAUGAAGAAGAAGAAGAAAAGGACAAUGCGAAAUCUGUUGUGAUAGAUAAUGGAAGUAAUUCAGAAUCAAGCAGAGAAGCAGAGGCAAGCUCAGGUUCAAUUACUUGUGGGAGACUUAAUGCUGGUUCUUUAGGUCGAGAGAGUCUUGAGAAACACAUAGACCAUAGUGAAGUUGUUUCAGAGGUGCCCAACAAAUCUUACUCCAGCAAAGUGGAUAAAAUUGUUAGUCAGCAACCUGGCAUCUCUGGUGCAGAGAACAAAGCUGCAGAGAGAAAAGUUGAAAAUAGUUGCAUGCAUGAAGCAGUUCAGGAGGAAUCAGUUUCUGCGACCGAAAAUCUUCAAAACUUGGACAAUCCCAUAAACUUUGAUGAGUAUAAUUCAGCAGCAGAAUAA